CCCACCCGUUGGACUCGUGAUCCAUCUCCACGAAACUACUUGUGUUGCAUCAUCGAAAGCCACACACACACACACACAGUUGAAAGAUGAAGCUUCUUGGAGGGAGCCAGAGGAGGCAGAGGGGAGGAGGCUUCAGCAGGACCCUCAAACAGCAGAGGGCCAGGUUCUACAUCAUCCAGCGCUGCGUCGUCAUGCUCCUCCGGUGGCACGACUGAUCCCAUCGGAAUAUGGAUGCAUCCAUCCUCCGUCCGUCGUCGCUCGUGUGCCAAGAAUUUUGCUUUUUCGGUCCGUCAUUGUGCUGUGCCAGAAUGGUGUCGGCCGUUGUACAUAAAGAGGCCAAUAUAGAUCAAGUAGAAGUAGCAGCAAGCAAAUAGGAUUCUAGCCUCUAGUGUUCACCACUGCCUCUCCCCACCCCUUCUCUUCUAGCAAGUGUGUGUCAUUGUACAAUUACACCGUCGAAUACCGAAAUGCAAAUAUCGACUGAAGAGAGACAAGGCAUUGCUCCAUCAAUCGCUUCUUUUCCGUUC